CCUCACUCCACAGACAUGUCGCACUGAUAGCUGAAGUAAAGCUGUCACCGUCCGCGGCUCAUCCUCCGAGCCUCCACACACACACACCGCAGCCGGCUCUCCAUUGCACCGCCUGUCCUCUGGCGCUCCCCUCGCAUCGGACCGUACCUUUUGGAAACGCCUGGAUAUGAAUUAUGAGCAUUUUCCUCACUAAUGAACUCGACCAGUAAUGCAGGAGACCGCGGCGACUCUCUCAUCACUGUUUCAAGAUGGCAGAUUUUCAUUGAGUUUUGAACAGAAAUCUCGCUUUAUUGUUCUGCCAUGAAUAACAGAAAUCCUUGCACCGAUGGCCCCUGUAUACGAAGGUAUGGCCUCGCAAGUGCAAGUGUUCUCCCCUCACACUCUCCAAUCAAGUGCCUUCUUUAGCGUGAAGAAACUGAAGGUGGAGCAGAGUUGUAACUGGGAUAUGACAGGGUACGGCACACACAGCAAAGUCUACAGCCACAACAGCAGCAAGAACUUGUCGGCAGCCAGUGGCCCCCUCGGCAUCAACAGCUCCCUGCAGGUCGCCAGCUCCACCCUGCCCUACGAGCAGGCACUCAUCUUCCCAGCCAGCGUGGGCCACAUUGUGGUCGCCUCAGCAAGCAGCACUUCGGGGGCCUUGGGGUCUCUGCUGAGCAGCGGGGGUGGAGGUAGCAACAGCAGCGGCAGUGGUGGUGGAGGUGGCGGCAGUGGCGUUGGUGGCGUGGUUGCUUUUCACAACCUGACGCGCCGGAGCACGGUCAGUCUUCUUGACACCUACCAGCGAUGCGGGCUUAAACGCAAAAGUGAGGAGCUUGACAACAACAGCAGUGUGCAGAUCAUUGAGGAGCACGGCCGAUCGAUGAUCCAGAACGGAGCAGCCAGUGGAGCCACGGUGGCCACAGUGGCCACCGCCACCUCCACUGCAACGUCCAAGAACAGCGGCUCCAACAGCGAGGGGGACUACCAGCUGGUGCAGCAUGAGGUUCUCUGCUCCAUGACCAACACCUACGAAGUGCUGGAGUUCUUGGGGCGAGGAACCUUUGGACAGGUGGUUAAGUGCUGGAAGAGGGGCACCAACGAGAUUGUGGCGAUCAAGAUCUUGAAAAAUCACCCGUCGUAUGCACGGCAGGGUCAGAUCGAGGUCAGCAUCCUGGCGCGUCUCAGCACGGAGAAUGCGGAUGACUACAACUUUGUUAGGGCCUACGAGUGCUUCCAGCACAAGAACCACACGUGCCUGGUAUUCGAGAUGCUGGAGCAGAACCUGUACGACUUCCUCAAGCAGAACAAGUUCAGCCCUCUGCCGCUCAAAUACAUCAGACCCGUGCUACAGCAGGUGGCCACAGCGCUAAUGAAACUAAAGAGCCUGGGCCUGAUCCACGCUGACCUGAAGCCAGAGAACAUCAUGCUGGUGGACCCGUCUCGACAGCCCUAUCGGGUCAAAGUCAUUGACUUUGGCUCCGCCAGCCAUGUGUCAAAAGCAGUCUGCUCCACUUAUCUACAGUCCAGAUACUACAGGGCUCCAGAGAUCAUCCUGGGCCUGCCGUUCUUUGAGGCCAUAGACAUGUGGUCCCUGGGCUGUGUGAUAGCGGAGCUCUUCCUGGGAUGGCCCCUCUACCCCGGAGCCUCAGAGUACGAUCAGAUCCGAUACAUCUCACAGACACAGGGUCUGCCUGCGGAGUAUCUGUUGAGUGCGGGGACGAAGACCACCAGGUUCUUCAACAGAGACCCCGACUCCACCUAUCCUCUCUGGAGACUUAAGAUUCAAGAGGACCACGAGGGUGAAACGGGGAUCAAGUCCAAGGAGGCUCGCAAGUACAUCUUCAACUGCUUGGAUGAUAUGGCGCAGGUGAACAUGACGUCGGACCUUGAGGGGAGCGAAAUGCUGGCGGAGAAGGCCGACAGGAGGGAGUUCAUCGACUUGUUAACCAAGAUGCUGACCAUCGACGCGGACAAGAGGAUCACUCCUAUCGAAACGCUCAACCACCCCUUUGUCACCAUGACGCACCUCCUCGAUUUCCCCCACAGCACACAUGUGAAGUCGUGCUUCCAAAACAUGGAGAUCUGUAAGCGUCGCGUCAACAUGUACGACGCGGUCAACCAGAGCAAGACGCCCUUUAUCACCCACCUGGCCCCCAGCACCUCCACCAACCUCACCAUGACCUUCAACAACCAGCUGAACACUGUGCACAGCCAGGCCACCAACCUGGUUCCCUCCUCCACCAACAAUGCCACCCUUUCCUUUGCAAGUCCUGAUGUCUCCAUACUAAACUACCAAUCUGCACUCUACCAGUCCUCUGCUGCCUCCAUGGCGGCCGUGGCCCAGAGGAGCAUGCCCCUGCAGCCGGGGGGGCCUCAGCUCUGCACCGCCCGGCCCGACCCCUUCCAGCAGGCGCUCAUCGUCUGCCCACCUGGCUUCCAAGGGCUGCAGGCGUCCCCUUCCAAGCACACCAGUUACUCUGUGCGGAUGGAGAAUGCUGUUCCCAUAGUGACGCAGGCCCCUGGUGCCCAGCCUCUGCAGAUCCAACCUGGCCUGCUGACACAGCAGGCCUGGCCCAGCGGCACCCAGCAGAUCCUGCUCCCCCCAGCCUGGCAGCAGCUCACCCACACCUCAGUCCAGCAUGCCACUGUCAUCCCCGACUCCAUGGGCAGCACACAGCCUCUCGCCAACUGGAGGAAUCCCCAUCCUCAUGGCGGCCAUUAUAAUCCCAUCAUGCAGCAGCCAGCAUUGUUGGCCGGCCACGUCACGCUCCCAUCCAACCAGACGCUCAAUGUGGGAGUGGCACAUGUUAUGAGGCAGCCCUCAACCAAUAACAACUCCUCUUCCAAAAAGAACAAACAGCACCAGAUGUCUGCCAGGAACAUGUCGGCCUACGAGGUGUCGUCCUCUCAGGCGGUGCUGUCCCCGCAGCGCUCCAAGCGGGUGAAGGAGAACACGCCUCCACGCUGCGCUGUGCUACAGAACGGCUCGGCCUCCAACUGCCCGCCCCCGCAGGGCGGUGGGUGGGGGUCCAACGAAGCGGAGCAGGCUUCCAGCACCACCCGCGACCAUCAGCACCAGCACCAUGUCCCCAGACAGACCAUCAUCAUCCCCGACACGCCCAGCCCUGCAGUCAGCAUCAUCACCAUCAGCAGCGACACAGAUGAGGAAGAUGACCACAAACAAAAGAAAAGUUCAUCUACAAAGCAGCGAAAGAAUGUCAUCAGUUGCGUGACGGUCCACGAUUCACCCGACUCUGACUGUUCCAGCAACAGCCCGUACACUGUGGAGUCCAGACACCCCAACAACAACAGCUACGACACAAAGAGCACCAUCCUGGACAACUACAACAACGGGAACCCCCGCACCAUCAUCAUUCCUCCUCUCAAGACGCAGAACAGCGAGGUCCCCAAUGAGUGUGAGCGCCUGAUGCCAGAUUUAAUGAACCAUCAGAAUACAGCUUAUAAAUUCAAAUCCUCCAAUGGAGUGCUGUCUGGCAAUCAUCACCUACCAGGGGGCAUACCAGGGGGCGUGGCCUAUCGGCAGCAACGCUCAGGGCCACACCCCCUCCAGCAGCAGCCUCUCAAUCUCAGUCAGGCGCAGCAGCAUAUGGUAGCCGAGCGAAACGGCCAUCGGCGGCAGCAGGCCUACAUCACCCCCACCAUCGCCACCCAGGCCCAGUACUUCCAUCACAACAGCCCCUCCCACACGGCCAAUGUCCACCCGCACCUGGCUGCCACCCACCUGCCUAACCAGCCCCACCUCUAUGCCUACACCACCCCCGCCACUCUGGGCUCCACCGGCACCGUGGCCCACCUGGUGGCGUCGCAGGGCUCGGUGCGCCACGCGGUCCAGCACGGAAGCUACCCCCCCAGCAUCAUCCACCAGGUCCCGGUCAGCAUGGGCCACCGGGUGCUGCCCUCCCCCACCCUGCACCACAGCCAGUACCAGGCCCAGUUCGCCCACCAGGCCUACAUCAGCGCUUCACCCGCCUCCACUGUCUACACUGGAUACCCACUGAGUCCCACCAAGGUCAACCAGUACCCUUACCUCUAGAGAACACACUGACCAACACUGGAGAGCCUGACCCAGCACUGCUGCUGCUGCUGCCCCCCCCCGAAACCCACCCGCCCUGAGCCCCAUCCUCUCCUCGACCUUAGACAUAAAACAGAGACAGAGGAACAUGCAAUCCUCAUCAAACUGUCACGUAUAACUUGAAGAUAUAACAACAGAGAGAAAAAUAUUCACAGCCUCUCUAGAAGGGAAAGAUGGGGAUGAAUUUCAGAGGGGUACAGUUCAAGUUAUUUUCUUUCAUUCAUCAAUUUUUGUUCUCCUGAAAGGGCCAGUUUUUGCAUUUAUUUUUCAAUUAUUCACUUUUUACUUUACUAGUAAUGUUUCUUUAGUUUUACAGGGAAUUUAGAAACAGGCCUUUUGGGACAGUGGAGGUUUUCUGUUUUUUUAUUAUUUCCCCCCCUCAUUGAUUCGGGGAGUGACUGUUGAACAGGGGUUACUGACUGGAAGUUCGGAAUCCCAAGAAAAAUUGGGAGAAGGUGAAAUACGGAAACCUGCUGCUCUACAAAGAAAAAAAUAUUGAUGGCCUUGAACUGUCUUAAUAUUUCCAUGGUGUGGGGAGAAAAGAGAGGCAACUCCCCCCCCCCCCACCACUCCACCUUCUCCAGCCGAGGAGGUUUCUGGAAAUAUAACCAACAGAAGACAACAAACUUUUUAGUGUAUUUAUAGAUAUUUCUUUCCUUUAUGUUUCACCUUUAUGACGAUACUUCGUUUUUUUUUGCUAGGUGUCUUAGCUGGGCCCCGUUCUUAGAAUGUAGCAGUCUGCACCAGUUGACUUUUUUUUCCAGAUACCAAUAGAUUUAUUUGUUCCUCUUUUUUCAAUGUGAUUGCACAAAGUGGUUAUAAUAACAUAGGCAUGUACAACGUGAUUGUCUGUGUGUGCUACUGUCAGCCAUGCGUGUAUAAAUCCACCUCCUUAAAACUCUCUUCAGUCUUUAGGUUUUUGACCAUUGUUCCUUCGUAGUGCCUUACAGAUAUACCGACACAGUUUACUUGGCUUGGAUCCUGAAAGCCACAAGAGACUCUAGCUAUACUUAGAACGACAUGUUUCCCUGGUUUGACAUGCUAGUCGGGACAGUUGUAGCUCUCUUCCAGGUGUAGGCUUAGCCCUUGCUGUUUCUCGUCCUAAAAUGACAACAUACUGUUAGAUGAUGAAGAUUAACGUCAGAUAUCACGCUGACUUUUUUAUUAUGUGUGCAUGAGAUAACUUGCCCGGGGUACUUACCAAAGUCAUAGAUAAAUUCUUGUUACAUUGUGCUCUGGAUAUUAGUGUAAAUAUGAAAAUGUACAGUAUAGCUGUAGAUGUAAACCUCUAUCACCCAAAAUGUGGCUCUAGUUUGGAAUAUAUUUGUUGUUUUUUAAGGGAAUUCAUGCAGCGAGAGUUAUUAGCUCAGUUUUCAAGAACAGGGAUUGAGUUACAGUAAAAUGUUUGAGACACAGUAGAGGUUGCUUUUUUUAAGGAUAAAAGCUAGUCCAAGAGAAGGGCCUGACAGGAAGUGAUUGUUGCCAUGAGGGGGGGUUCUGUGAGGCGGAAGGAAUGGGUCUGCAGAGAAGAGGCAGUGUAUCGAGGGUUGUUCGUGAGAGAUACUGUGUAGGCACGAGUGAGGCGGCUGUUUGAAAGCAUAGGGUCAGUUUAGGUAGGGACUGUGGAGGGCAGGGCGAAACUCUCUAUCUUAAAUGGGACUAAAAUGGUAGCAAGUUGGCACUGAGCAGGUUGAUAGAAACACUGAGUCCGGGUCGUCGGUAGGAGCCCAAAAGGGAGGGCACUACUUUACCUGAAUGUACACUUUCUGACGUGAAUCCUUCAAAGAUAAUUGGAAGUUAUUUGUCACGCUUGAGGUUUGGGUAGCAUCUAAAAAAAAAUGCAGGAACAGAACAGAAGGGAAAUGCCACAGCAUACACCUGGAAGGGCACCUUGUGGACGAUUUUGUCGCCACUGUCCAUUUGUCUUCGAACCAGGUACACCGCAGACAUCACCACGCCAGCCGAACACUUAGAGAACCAAUAGGGCUUUGUAUGUUCGCUGCUUCAUUUCAUUUUGUUCCCCCAUGUAGCCAAUGAUACAAAAAUCUCCUUGUUCAUUUGUCCUCGUAUAGGCACAUCAGUGCCGCUGGUGGGUUAGUGAAAGCCUUCCCCUCCCCCUUCCUCCAUGGUAUGCCAUAGUACUUGCAUUUGAAGUGAUUAUUCUUUUGUUGUUGUUGUUUUUUAACUUAACAUUAUCUUGAACUUUUUUUUGACAUGGCUGUAGUACAUGUUGUGUUUAUUUUUUAGAGAUUGUUGCAAUAAUUCUUGUGGAUGUUUUAUCAAGAGUGUGUGCGUUUUUAUUAUAUGUAAUUUCUAUUUUGUAACCUGGGGGUUGAUGUACAGUGAAAUGUAGUAUUAAGUGGAGGUGGGUGCACCUGUGUUAAAGUGUUGCAACACUGCUAGUGAUAGUAAGUGUGGAGUUGAUGAUAAUCCAAUGGGGCCCUUAUACUGUAGAUAGAUUGCCAUAUUACCACAACUAGUUUCGAAAUACUUAAAUCUCUUUAAAACAAAUCUUUUGACGGGCCCCAGAGUGUCAUCCUGGUACUUUUUACCCCCACACUCCCCUUCACUUCCGAGUUGUCAAAGAUGUGAUUUAAGUACGUUGCUGGUUACUUCAUUAUUUUCUGUUCUGUUGUUUUUCUUUUGAUUUGAUCUACUUUAUUUCCUCAAGCUCAAGCACACACGCAUAAGGGAGAUGAUUUUCCAUUGAUAUAUUUUCUGUUAUUAUGAAACAGACUACUGAAACAUUCCACGUUUGAGGGAAUUUGGCGUUACUCAUGCUACACUGCUGUGUCCGGUCCCCUCUCCUGUCAGCAGGGGGAUAGCAUUGUCACCCUAGGACUUUGUUUUUUUAUUUUUCGCACUUCCCACCAAAGAAUUCGACAGAUCGAUCAUGUGCAGCACACAGUAGAGUACAAGCAAUCCUCCACAGCGUUGCUAGAGCAGACAGGCAAUAACUCCUGGUCUAAUUUUUUUUACAAAUGAUUUGGACAACAUGUCGUUUUACCCCCAACAGGAGGAUUUAACAUAAUUAAUACAGCCCAGUGAAUUUCUUUACAAUCUACCUUCAUUUCUCCUCGCACUUGGCCCUGUUAAUAAUUAUCUAACCUCCAAAAUGUUAAGCCAGUUUUGGUUCUUUUGCAUUGUCGAUGUUGUAGCUUUAUUGGUGUUGUAUGAAAAUGAAUUUGUAAUCUAAAAGGUUUGUUUUUAAAUUAGCGUGCCAUGGAAUAGAAUGACCUGUAAAAAAAAAAAUGAAUUAAUCAAAAAUGUACCAACUAUACCUUUAAAACCAUGGUCACCCGCACAAAAUGAAUGUAAUAUGUGACCUGCGGCAUCUGAAAUGGCUUUAGAUCUUUCUCAGUGGGUGGCCAUUCAUUUCAUUUCUACACCGUUUGUGGCCAUGCAUGAUGCAAUAAUUAUACAUCCAGCAAAAUCCCAUGUGAGAGAAAUAAUGUAAAAUUAUUUACAUUAUAAUCCCCCCCCCCCCCAUUAUUGGGGGGGAUAUCAAAUAAUCGCUAUUUUCUCAAAUGAAACCCAAUUUAAAGGAGCCCUAUAUGCGCGACGUUGUGGAAAAAUGACUUGAUGUGUAUGAUACGUUUGUCUAUUACUCUGUUUCACAUAACCAAUGUUUCGUGUUUUAUAAAAAAGGGGAAUCAGAAAUGUGAGCUAUAACUUAGAUCGAGUGACCUUACAAUUACCAAAAUGUGCUUAAGUAGAGUGUAAAAAAAGUGUUUUGUGUUGUUGAGGUGAACAUAGCCUUCCCAGCUAGCGACUUUACUGUUAGAGUACUGCCUUCCAAAUAACCAACAAUACCUCCAAAGGUGACAAUACAAUUAGAAACAAGGCAGUGUCUCACUCUGGAUGAAGCCUGGCAUUCUCUGACAAAAUACACUCAAACUUCCAGCUUUGCUCCCGGUGAAACAUUCCUGAGAGCAUGAUGGCUCACAGUGCUACAAUAGUCUUCACACAAACUCCUCUAAGGUGACAAGAAGUGAACACACAACGCUCUCGUUUAAUAUAAACCGUUGGCAUAGUUGCAGCUGCCUCCCAAAGUGCAAAGUGGUGAGGAUCAGGGGGAUUAACCAUGAUCUGAUGUUCUCUCUGUCUCCCAAAUUCAUAAUCUAGCCCCACAAGCAUUCUCAAAGCCCAUUCGGAUGAUAGCGUAUGUUUUUUUUAAUUAUUAUUUGAGGAGAUCUGCUCCUUUUGCUGGCUAUUCCUUUGGGGGAAUUCAGGGUGAGGUGGUCAAGGUUUGAUGCCAUCACUGAUAGAGGGAGUCAGGCGAUUACACUGUAAGAAUUUAAGAACCAAAUCUGAUUAAAAUGCGAUUAUUUUCCUACUCUAAUUUGUGUAAAGCCCCACUUUAAAUCCUCUUUAAGUGCUGCCCUUUAAGAUCUUUGGUAUUUCUUUUAAUAACUGAAAUAUGUAGCUUUUCACAUAUGACUUUAAGAGGGAUUUCUAGCUGAAGAUAUUUAUUUUGUGGUGUUAAUAAAUGGGAUCUAGAAGCAGUAGACCAAAGCUACAUUCAAAUCCAGAUUUGCCUGUUUACACUAUACAAAUAUUAUUCUGAAGCUAGCCUAGCUUUUCAAAGUCACAAUCCCUUUUGAUACAUUCUUAAAACAAUAAAUUAGAUAAGUUACAUUUCUCAUACACUGGUUAUUUCCAUUUUCUAAAGACCUAAGAGUGCAUCAAACCCUGACCCCCUUUGUGUCCAUUGCUGUAUGGUUUCUCAAUUGUGUAAAAUUUCAUUAUUUGUCGAUAAAGCUAAUGUGUGCUGCAGUAUUUCCUAGUAUACUUCUCUGUUAAUUGUCUUUGCUUAUUUUUUUUUGUUUAUUGGGGUGUGAUAUCUGAUUAUUUCAAUCUGUUGAUGUAGCGUUCUAUGUAUACCCUGUUCCUUAGCCUAAUAUUAUUAAGUAUGUUAUGAGAAUGGAUAUUUUACUGGCUUUAUAGAAUGUUUAAAUAAAUAUAACAAUGACAAUAAGAAGAAGGAUUAAUUAAACCUCCUAACAAGUUGAGUACUUGCUACUAAGCGCUUGUGUUACCAUUAUGAUGUUGUGUGCUUCUCUUAAUCAUUUUCGUUGUAGAAAAAUGGAGUGAAUUUAUAUUAGGCUUCGAAAAAACUAAUGAUAGCAUUGUACAUUUUACGGGAGGAUUUUAACAGACAAACCGCUUCGUCAAAUAGAAGAAUAUAGUUAUUUUAAUUGUCCUCUUUACUAACUGUAGGGUGAGAAGGGGCUCGCGUUGUGGUGAACUAUGUUAUAGCUUGUUAUUCACUGUUACUUUUGAUCAUUUUUUCGGUCUCCGAGGUGAAUCGAGUUAUUAAUGAGAAUUUGUAUACUCACAUAUGCAUAUUGUAUAUGUGUAGAAAUGUAAUCACACUUUGUCUUGGAUUUACAUUAAACUGUUAAGUCACGGCA